GAUAGUAACAUAGUUCGCACAAAAAAGAAUUUAUGUACAAGUAAGUGGGAAUCAUAAUAUAGUUUAAACAUAUAUAACGUAAUGUGUAAUACCAGAGAGAAGACUGCAGCCAAAUCAUGUUCACAACCACUCUCAGGUCAUCUCUGAUAAUACAUAAUGAGAAUACUUUUAUCAUAAAAGAACGAGAAGUCAUACCCGUUUUUGAUUAUGUGCAUUUGCUAAAAGCAACAAGAAACAACUUGUUAACGAAAGAUUUACAUAUGAAUGUAAACAAAGCCUGCAAUGAAGAUGAACAAUAUGCAUCUUGGAGUCAUAUUGUGACAUGUUACGACAUAGACAAAAACAGUUUUUUAAAACAACGACAAUUAUCUAAAAUAACGAAGAAACAUGUUAACCCAAAUUUAAUACCGAAAAUGAGGGUGAAGUAUGCCUCUCAAGUUUGUAGUAAAAUUUUCUCCAAUUUUAUUAAUGUUGUACUGAAUUUAAGUAACGGAGUUGUCCAGACACGGAAAGGUAUCAUAAAAUUACCAAAAGGAGCUGCUGCUACCUUCGAUAUGUUAUAUUUUUUCAAUAAUUUGUUUGACUCAUUCAACGGAAUACAAGGACAAUGAUUAAGUAGCAUAA